AUGCCGAUUUGUGAAUUUUCUGCAACCUCAAAAUCGCGGAAAAUUGAUGUCCACGCUCAUGUUUUGCCAAAAAACAUCCCGGAUUUUCAAGAGAAAUUCGGGUACCCCGGCUUCGUCCGGCUGGACCAUAAGGAAGAUGGUACUACGCAUAUGGUGAAGGACGGAAAACUGUUCAGAGUCGUGGAGCCCAACUGCUUCGAUACAGAGACUAGAAUUGCGGAUAUGAAUCGGGCAAAUGUGAAUGUACAGUGUCUGAGUACGGUACCUGUAAUGUUUAGCUAUUGGGCUAAACCUGCUGACACCGAAAUUGUGGCCCGCUUCGUCAACGAUGAUUUGUUGGCAGAGUGCCAAAAAUUCCCAGAUCGGCUUGUGCCGCUUGGCACCCUGCCAAUGAAUGAUGUGCAGAGAGCUGUAGAAAUUUUUGGAAAAAGAAUUUUUUUUUUUGAAAUUUGGAGUCCCGCCAAGAAAAGUCCUGAGGAAGUCAAAAGAUGCGUCUCAAUGGGUAUAAAAGGAUUUGAAGUUGGUUCCCACGUGGCAGAAAAAUCGUUGGAUCAUCGUGAUUUUUGGCCGCUUUAUAAGCUCACCGAGAGCUUCAAAUUAAGUACCAUCAUGCCUGGGUUCUGUGAAUUUUUCGAAAAUUGGGGUCUCACAACGAAAACUCCAGGGAUUUGCGAGGAGCUCUCGGUGGUGCUCUUUGUGCAUCCUUGGGAUAUGCACAUGUGGGACGGGCGGCUGGACAAAUACUGGAUGCCAUGGCUCGUCGGAAUGCCAUCUGAAACUGCUCAAGCCAUUUGCUCAGUGCUCAUGGGCAACAUUUUGGUGCUCUUCCCCAAGUUGAAGCUCUGCUUUGCACAUGGGGGCGGCGCCUACCCACAGAUUCGUGGCCGAGUUUCUCACGGAUGGAAUGUUAGGCCAGACUUGUGUGCUGGAAAGUGUAAAGUUGCUCCGAAUAAGCUCGAUGGGCUACUGUGGACGGAUAGCUUGGUUCAUGACCCAAAAGCUCUCGAACUGCUGAUAAAUACCGUUGGAAAGGAGCAUAUAGUGCUUGGCACCGACUACCCAUUUCCGCUUGGCGAGCUUGAAGUUGGAAGAGUUGUGGAAGAGUAUAAGCCAUUUUCUGCCAAGGACAGGGAGGAUUUGCUGUGGAAAAACGCUGUAAAAAUGCUGGAUAUCGAUGAAAACUUGCUUUUUAAUAAGGAUUUUUGA